CUUCUUAAAGGGGAGGAGAUUUUCAACAUGGAUGAAAGCGCGAGUACGUCUGUGACUCUGACUAUAAACCCAGACAAACCCGGUGUAGUUCCUUCCAACAACACGGGCGGCUCCGUUGACUCCCUGGUUGAUUUAGGAAAACGGGUCCUACAGCAAUUGCAAAGCAGACUGGAGCGGGCCUGUGAGCAGCAGCCCUUGGACCUUGACCAUGUGGAUUUCCUCACCACCAGCACAAUGACUCUAAUCACCUCCCUUUCACCUCAUGUGAACUUUCCACAAUCGGUACUUGACGGUCUGGAGGAGCUUAUCGCCCUCAUCCAAUCUGAAAUGGAUAAGAGAAGGCCAGCCGGUAUAACCAACAGAAUAAGUGGUGAAGUGGGGCGCCCCAAGCUGAGCAUUUCUAAAGAUCACCUUCAGGACCUAAUGGAGAUGGACCUUUCUGUGGCCUGUAUUUCCAACAUUCUCGGUGUGUCAGUGAAAACAAUCCACCGUAGAAUGAGAGAAUGGGGCCUCUCAGUAAAAGAUACCUACAGCUCGCUGUCCGAUGAUGAGCUUGACAGCUUGGUAUCAACAAUCAAACAAGAGUCAAAAAAUCUGGGUCACAGAAUGGUGAAGGGACGUCUGAGGGCACUGGGCUACAGGGUGCAGUGGACCCGGGUGUGGGACUCCAUGCACCGUGUAGACAGUGUGGGAAUACUGGACAGGACGGUAAAUCUGGGUUGUGUUAGAAGGACGCACAGUGUUCCUGGUCCUCUGUCACUCGUACAUAUCCACACCAACCACAAGCUAAACAGAUACGGGAUUGUGAUGUUUGGUGGUGUUGAUGCCUUUUCACAAAAGAUCCUGUACCUGAAAGCAGCCAACAACAACAAGGCAUCUACAGCGCUGGACUUCUUCCUUGAAGCUGUGAAGCGUUACGGCUGUCCAUCUCGUGUGAGAGGAAACCGAGAACUGGAGAACGUGGACAUUGCUCGAUACAUGUUUGAUGUUCGAGGCUGUGAACGAGGAAGCUUCAUGUUUGGAAAAAAUGUGCACAACCAAAGGGUAGAGCAGCUGUGGCGUGAUGUGUGGGGUGUGGUGUCAAACAUCUACAGCGACGUCCUCCGUGGCCUUGAGGAGAACAGGCUGCUGGAUACGUCAAACUGCAUAAACCUCUUCUGUGCACAGUAUGUCUUUUUACCACGCAUCCAGAGAGAUUUGGACGCAUGUGCAGAAGACUGGAACAACCGUUUGCUACAGACUGAGCAGAACUACACCCCAAACCAGCUGUGGGAAACUGGGAGGACUGGGACUCCAGUCAGCUGUCCUGAAAAGCUUGAUGCCGGGUUUGUAGAUGCAGACAUAGCAGAUAUGGAGGAUGCUGGCGUUCUCAUCCCAGAGCUGAUGUCGUCCCUGAACCGUGACGAGUUGGCGAUGCUGAGCCAGCUUUUCGAUCCCAUGGCUCCCUCUUCUUGUUUUGGGGCUGAUAUUUACAGUUAUGUUGUCCAGUAUGUAGAAAAUGUUGAAUCACAACACUCCUAAGGCAUUAUAUAAAAAACCUCUUGGAAAGAACA